UUAACCCUGACACUUCCUCCCACACUCCAAAAAAAACCCUAGCUUCUCUGGUCGGCUCGUCGGUCUCCGACCGCCGUCGGAACCCCUGAGCCCUCGGCUAUCGCAAGAUCUCAGCCUCCUUCGAUGGAUCAGCCUAUGGAGGUGUUGCGAGCCGCCUCCCAGGAGGUUUCGACCUCCUCGACCAAGCGGCGGAUUCGAAUAUUUCGCGAGAAAUUGCCUCCUCUCCUCCAGAUCUCAGAUUUGCUGUCUGAUAUUUCACCCUCGUUGGUUGAUAUUGUCUUCCAAACAUUGUUUACAUAUGAUGAUCGGCCAUCGAGAAAAGCUGUUGAUGAUUUUGUUGUUAAAGCACUUGGUGAAAGUACCUUCAUGAGAGGCUUUGCCAUGGUACUUGUGCAGUCCAUGGAAAAACAAUCAAAGACUCAUUGUCCUGUUGGAUGCUACAAACUUCUCAAGUGGUCAUGCCUGCUUCUAAAGUGGAGUCAGUUCACCUCUGUUUCAAAGGGUGGAUUUUUAAGACUUGCAACUGCGCAAGCAUUUCUUUGUCAAAUUCUCAUGCACGGUUCUUUCCGGGAGCGUAGGGCUUGCAGGAAAUUGUUUUUCAACCUUUUCUCUCAGUCUUCUGGUAUGUACGAAGUGUAUGUAGAGGAGCUAAAUGAUUCAAGAAUUCCCAGUAGGGAUAGUGCUGAGCUGAUAAAAUUAUUGCUCGAGUAUUCAGUUCACUUGCCAUCUUUGUUCGAUGGAUUCAAGCAAGUGUUUCUUGAGAUUUAUGUCAGAUCAGUUUUAAAUGCAAAGGACAAGCCACCUCGAGCCCUUGGUGAAGCUUUUCAGCCACUUUUCACGCGUAUGGAGCAUGAGAACUUUAAGAAUCUGGUGCAUCCAUCAGCAAUCAAAGCUCUGAAGCGGAAUCCGGAGGUUGUGUUAGAAUCUAUUGGAGAUUUACUAAAAAUGGUCAACCUUGACCUAAGCAAGUAUGUCUCCGAGUUUCUUUCAGUUGUCCUUCCGCAAGCCCGUCAUGCAGAUGAGGGAAGGAGAACUGGAGCAUUGACUGUUAUAAGAUUUCUAAGUCAAAAAUGUAGUGAUCCAGAUUCUCUGCCUUCUAUAUUUAAUGCUGUAAAAGCAGUCUUAGGAGGUUCUGAAGGCAAGCUGACACUUCCUUAUCAGAGGAUUGGAAUGAUGAGUGCCAUUGAAGAGCUGUCAAAAUCUCAUGAGGGAAAAUUGCUCAGCAAACUAGCACCAUCAAUAUCAAGCUUCCUUUUGUCUUGUUACAAGGAAGAUGGAAGUGAGGAGGUGAAGCUGGCGAUCUUGUCAGCUUUGGCAUCAUGGUCAACGAGAAAUGCUGAGGCUAUUGAUUCACAAGUUGUCUCUUUUAUUGCUUCUGGCUUAAAGGAGAAGGAUACUUUAAGGAAAGGGCAUCUCAGAUGCUUGCGAGUUAUAUGCAAAAACUCUGAUUCAUUGACAAAAGUAUCAUGUUUACUCGAGCCUCUUUCUCAGUUAGUAAAAACUGGUUUUACAAAAGCAACUCAAAGGUUAGAUGGAAUUUACGCAUUAUUUUCACUUGCAAAAAUUGCCACCGUUGACACUAAAGCAGAUGAUUUUCUGCUUAAGGAAAAGAUUUGGGUAUUAAUUUCUCAAAACGAUUCUUCAAUUGUUGCUACUUCUCAGGUCUCAAAACUAACAAAUGAAGAUUGUAUUACUUGUAUAUAUCUACUCGAGGUGUUGCUUGUGGAGCAUUUGCAAAGGGUCUUGGAGUUCUUGUCUAUCAGAUCUCUGUCACAGUUAUUGCUCUAUCUGAUUUGCCAUCCAAGUUGGGACGUUCGGAAGAUUGCUUAUGUUGCUACCUGCAAGAUUAUUUCUGCAUCUCUUGUGGUGGUGGAGAAUAUUCUUCUUGAAUUUAGAUCCUGGUUGUCAUUAAUUGCGGAAAAGAUGUUACACCAGAAGUUGAAUGAAGUAGAGAGUUGGCAGGACAUGCAAAUGCCAUUUCUACCAUCCGUUGAGGUCCUAGUUAAGUGUCUGCUUCUGAUCGCACCAGCAGCUGUUUCCAGUUCAGCCAGAUCGUAUUCUCAGUUGAUCUUUUGCUCGCAUCACCCUUGCAUUGCCAGCACUGGUACAAGUAAUGAAGUAUGGAAGAGGCUCCAAAGAAACUUGCAUAGACAUGGGUAUAAUAUCGUUGAUAUAAUUGCUGACAAUGUUCAGGCAAUAUGCAAGGAUUUGCUUGGGCCAACUGGACUAUUUAGUUCGAAUGCACUUGAAGAACGUGCAGCUUUAUUUUCAUUAACGACAUUAAUGAUGAUAACCCCCAAUGACACCUUUAUAGAAUUUGAAAAACACUUCAGCAAUUUACCAGAUCGUUCUUUACAUGAUAUGCUAUCAGAGAAUGAGAUCAAGAUAUUUUUUACGCUAGAAGGACAACUAUCCAGUGAACAAGGAAUUUAUGUUGCUGAGACCGUUGCUGCGAAAAACACAAAACAUCCAAAGGGUCGUUUUAAGGUUUAUGAUGAUCAAGAUGGCUCGGAGAAUGCAGCAUCUAUUUCUUUGGUACAAAGAGAGCCAAAUAAAAGAGAACCUACAAGCACAAAAAAAGAUAUGGGAAAGGCCAGUAAAAGAAAUGCUCCUGUGGAGAAGGUAAAGACUGCAAAGGAGGAAGCUAGAGAGUUGAUGUUGAAGGAGGAAGCAGCUAUUCGUCAGAGGGUUAAUGGUAUUCAGAGGAAUCUCUCUGUUAUGCUUACUGCUCUUGGUGAAAUGGCAAUUGCUAAUCCAGUAUUCACUCAUGGUCAGCUACCUUCAUUGGUAGACUAUGUAGAACCAUUACUGCACUCAUCAAUAGUCGGUAAUGCUGCAUUUGGUACUAUGCUAAAUCUAGCCCGAUGUCUAGCCCCUCCUCUUUGUAGUUGGGCACAUGAAAUAGCUGCUGCUUUACGGAUAGUUUCGACAAAAGAUGUUAAUGUACUGUGGGACCUUAUUCCUCCAGUUAAUGAGGGUGAAGUCCAUAAAAGGUCCUCAUUGAGUAUUUUUGAACAAAUAGUUACUGGGCUGUCCGUGUCAUGUAACACUGGACCACUUCCUGCAGAUUCUUUUACCUUCGUGUUUCCGAUAAUGGAGCAGAUCUUGCUUUCUUCAAAGAAGACGAUACUUCAUGAUGAUGUGCUUCGAAUACUAUCUAUCCAUUUGGAUCCAAUAUUGCCUCUUCCUAGGCCACGAAUGCUCUCGGUUCUUUAUCAUGUCCUUGGUGUUGUUCCGGCUUAUCAACCUCUGGUAGGGCCUAUGUUGAAUGAGUUAUGCCUAGGACUCCGAUCUGAUGAAUUGGCCAAAGCUCUUUGUGGAGUUUAUGCAAAAGAUCUACAUGUGAGGCUUGCCUGUUUAAAUGCUAUAAAAUGCAUUCCUUAUUCCCCUGGUGAUCCAAUUCAUGUGGAUAUAUCGGUGACAACGAGGUUUUGGAUUGCUUUGCAUGAUCCUGAGAAGGUAGUCACAGAACUUGCAGAGGAAGUAUGGGAUCGCUAUGGAUUUGAAUUUGGGACUGAUUAUUCUGGUCUACUGGAUGCUCUUUCCCAUGUCCACUAUAAUGUUCGUCUAGCUGCAGCAGAGGCAUUAGCUGCAGCCUUGGACGAAAACCUCGACACCAUACCGGAUACACUUUCUGCUUUGUUUUCUCUAUAUAUUCAAGACAUUAGCACUGGACAAGACAUGGCAGAUCCCAGUUGGUUGGGGAGACAGGGUAUUGCUUUGGCACUUCACUCAGCUGCAGAUGUUUUCAGAACAAAAGAUCUUCCAGUUGUCAUGACAUUUCUGAUAUCACGUGCUUUGGCAGAUCCUAAUGUGGAUGUUCGUACAAGAAUGAUAAAUGCUGGUAUUAGGAUUAUCGACAAGCAUGGAAAAGAAAAUGUUCUAUUACUUUUCCCUAUAUUUGACAGUUACUUGAAUAAGAAGACAUCUGAUGAAGAAAAAUAUGAUCUUGUGAGAGAAGGUGUUGUUAUUUUCACUGGAGCACUUGCAAAACAUUUGGCUAAGGAUGAUCCAAAAGUCCAUACUGUUAUUGAGAAAUUGCUGGAUGUUCUGAACACCCCCUCUGAGGCAGUUCAACGAGCAGUUUCUGAUUGUUUAUCUCCAUUAAUGGCAUCAAAACAGGAAGAUGGCCAGGCACUUGUUUCUAAACUUCUAGAUCGGUUGAUGAAAAGUGAGAAGUAUGGGGAGCGCCGUGGUGCAGCCUUUGGACUUGCCGGUGUAGCUAAAGGUUUUAAAGUAUCUUCCUUGAAGAAGUAUGGCAUUGUAGCAGCCCUGCAUGAAGGUUUACAAGACAGAAAUUCAGCAAAGUCUCGUGAAGGAGCUUUACUCGGAUUCGAGUGUCUUUGUGAAAAGCUUGGUAGAUUGUUUGAACCGUAUGUAAUUCAAAUGCUACCACUGCUUUUGGUUUCUUUUUCUGAUCAAGUCCUAGCUGUACGCGAAGCUUCUGAGUGUGCUGCUCGUGCAAUGAUGUCACGUCUGACUGGUUAUGGAGUGAAGCUUAUUCUCCCUUCUCUUCUUAAGGGGCUAGAGGAUAAGGCAUGGCGAACUAAGCAAAAUAGCGUGCAGCUGCUUGGUGCUAUGGCAUACUGUGCACCUGAGCAACUUUCUCAGUGCUUGCCCAGGAUUGUUCCCAAACUAACUGAGGUACUGACUGACACACACCCUAAAGUUCAAGCUGCCGGACAAACUGCUCUUCAGCAAGUUGGUAGUGUCAUAAAAAAUCCAGAAAUAUCUGCACUUGUCCCAACCCUGCUGAUGGGUCUAACUGACCCUAAUGAGUACACAAAGCACUCUCUUGACAUCCUUCUUCAAACAACUUUCAUCAACUCAGUUGAUGCACCGUCCUUGGCGUUAUUGGUGCCUAUUGUUCAUAGAGGAUUAAGGGAGAGAAGUGCUGACACAAAAAAAAAAGCUGCCCAAAUUGCUGGAAAUAUGUGUUCUUUAGUGACUGAACCAAAGGAUAUGAUUCCAUAUAUAGGAUUACUACUUCCUGAGAUCAAGAAGGUUUUGGUUGAUCCUAUUCCAGAAGUUCGGUCUGUCGCAGCAAGGGCACUUGGAUCUCUUAUCAGGGGAAUGGGAGAAGAGAAUUUUCCGGAUCUUGUAUCAUGGUUAUUAGAGACACUUAAAUCUGACAGCAGCAAUGUUGAGCGUUCUGGAGCUGCUCAAGGGCUUAGUGAGGUUUUGGCUGCUCUUGGAAAGGAUUACUUUGAGCGCAUUCUUCCAGACAUCAUCAGAAACUGUUCUCAUCAACGCGCAUCUGUUCGUGAUGGGCAUUUAACACUUUUUAAGUACUUGCCGAGAUCCUUAGGUGUCGUCUUUCAGAAUUAUUUACAGAUAGUGCUGCCUGCAAUUUUGGAUGGGCUUGCGGAUGAAAAUGAAUCUGUUCGGGAUGCAGCACUCAGUGCUGGCCAUGUGUUUGUGGAGCAUUAUGCAACAACAUCUUUACCCUUGUUGUUGCCUGCUGUCGAAGAUGGUAUAUUUAGUGACAACUGGCGUAUACGUCAAAGUUCUAUUGAACUUCUUGGCGAUCUUCUUUUCAAGGUCGCAGGAACUUCUGGGAAAGCAACUCUUGAAGGUGGCAGUGAUGAUGAAGGUGCAAGUACUGAGGCUCAUGGCCGUGCAAUUAUUGAUGUACUGGGCAAUAAGAAGCGUAAUGAAGUUCUUGCUGCAAUCUAUAUGGUUCGUAGUGAUGUUAGCUUGACUGUGCGUCAGGCUGCAUUGCACGUGUGGAAGACAAUCGUGGCAAAUACCCCCAAGACUCUCAAGGAAAUAAUGCCAAUUUUGAUGGAUACACUUAUUUCCUCUCUCGCUUCAUCUUCCUCAGAAAGACGGCAGGUUGCUGGAAGAUCUCUUGGUGAGCUUGUUAGGAAGCUUGGUGAUAGGGUUUUGCCUUCAAUUAUCCCAAUUCUGGCACAAGGACUGAAAGACUCUGACACUAGUAGAAGACAAGGUGUAUGCAUUGGUCUGAGUGAAGUGAUGGCAAGUGCUGGUAAACACCAGUUACUGAAUUUCAUGGAUGAGCUUAUCCCUACAAUUCGUACAGCUCUGUGUGAUAGCAUGCCAGAGGUCCGUGAAUCAGCAGGCUUAGCAUUUAGUACACUUUACAAGAGUGCUGGAAUGCAAGCAAUUGAUGAAAUUGUUCCUACACUCCUGCAUGCAUUAGAAGAUGAUGCAAGCUCUGAUACAGCUCUCGAUGGACUUAAACAGAUAUUGAGUGUCAGGACAGCAGCAGUUUUACCUCACAUCUUGCCUAAACUAGUGCAGCUUCCUCUUUCUGCUUUUAACGCUCAUGCUUUGGGAGCUUUGGCAGAAGUUGCUGGAGCUGGUCUUAACGCUCAUAUUGGAACAAUUCUUCCACCAUUGAUCGUUGCAAUGGGUGAUGAUGAUUUGGAUGUUCGAAAUUCUGCAAAGAAGGCUGCAGAAACUGUUGUGCUAGUUAUUGAUGAGGAAGGCGUUGAUUCCUUAAUCUCAGAGCUCCAUAAAGGAGUUGCUGAUAACCAGGCUCUGAUGCGAAGAGGUUCUUCAUACUUGAUAGGCUAUUUUUUCAAAAAUAGCAAGUUAUAUUUGGUUGAUGAAGCCUCCAACAUGAUCUAUACUCUUGUUACUAUGUUAAGUGAUUCGGAUUCAGCUACUGUUGCGGUAGCUUGGGAAGCUUUAGCAAGGGUUGUUGGAUCGGCUCCCAAGGAGCUCCUCUCUUCAUAUAUCAAACUUGUCCGUGAUGCUGUCUCUACUGCUAGAGAUAAAGAGCGGAGAAAAAGAAAGGGAGGAUCAAUUCUUAUACCUGGGUUCUGUCUUCCUAAAGCUCUUCAACCUCUGCUGCCAAUCUUUCUUCAGGGUCUAAUUAAUGGCUCCGCUGAAAUGAGAGAACAAGCAGCUCUGGGCUUGGGCGAGUUAAUUGCUCUUACAAGUGAACAAACACUUAAGGAGUUUGUUGUUCCUAUUACUGGGCCUCUUAUACGGAUCAUAGGAGACCGCUUUCCUUGGCAAGUGAAAGCAGCCAUAUUGUCAACUUUGUCCAUCAUGAUUAGCAAAGGCGGGAUGGCCCUUAAGCCUUUUCUUCCACAGCUUCAAACUACAUUCAUAAAAUGCCUGCAAGAUAGUGCAAGGACAGUACGCACAAGUUCUGCACUUGCCUUGGGAAAACUUAGUGCGCUCAGCACCCGAGUGGACCCUUUAGUUAACGAUCUUCUAUCAACUUUACAGAUAUCAGAUGGCGGUAUCAGGGAAGCAGUGUUGGCUGCCCUUAAAGGUGUUGUUAAGCAUGCUGGGAAAAGUGUGAGUGGUGCAGUCAGGCUUCGAGCAUGCACUCUAGUCAGAGACAUGUUACAGCUUGAUGAUGAUGAAGUGCGAAGUUCGGCAGCAAAAGUGAUGGGAAUAAUAUCUCAGUACAUGGAAGAAACUGAGUUCCUAGAUCUGCUACAAGUACUUUCUGAUUUGAGUACAUCACAGAUGUGGUUCAUCAGACAUGGUUCAUUGCUCACCUUCUCUUCCAUGUCUUUGUACAAUCCAUCCAUGAUAUGCCAGAGUACACUUUUGUCAUCUCUUAUAGAUACUUUUAGAGUUGCUUUGAAAGAUGAUAAGUUCCCAAUUCGUGAAGCUGCAAACAAGACGAUGGGAAGAUUACUUUGUUAUCAGGCCCAGAAGGAAGGAAGUACUAGUUCACAACUAGUCCAAUUACUUGUUUCAGCUUUGCAAGAUGACUCCAGUGAGGUCAGAAGAAGAUCCCUAUCCGGUAUAAAAGCAUUUGCAAAGGUAAAUCCUGCAGCAGUUGCAACAUAUAUUUCGACUUUGGGCCCAGCAAUCGCAGAUUGUUUAAAGGAUGGAAGUACCCCUGUUCGACUUGCUGCUGAGCGUUGUGCCCUGCAUGUUUUUCAAUUAACAAAAGGUGGUGAUAAUAUUCAGGCGGCACAGAGAUAUAUCACUGGUUUAGAUGCUAGGAGAAUAGCAAAGCUUUCUGAAAACAGUGAUGAAAGUGAGAAUAGUGAUGAUGACACGUCAAAAACAUGAGACACGUCUGACAUGGGAUUUUGUUUCGUUGUAUUUGUGGGAUCCAUUUACACAAUCCCAAUCGAGGAUUUUGUCUGCCGCUUAAGAUUCAGGAGAUGUGUCUGCGGUGUAAAACCAUUGUUGCUUGGUGGAAUACGUGCUACCAGACACCAAGAUGGAUACAAAUUUGCGACAAGGGUAUACUAUUCUUUCCAUCAUUUUUGUUCAGUAUCAAUCUUCUAUAGCAGCAUUGCAAAACUGUCAUUGUGAAAUGUUGACGCGACCAUCAAGUUAGCUUGCAUUUGAAUGAGUUGUCUGUCUAUUGCAAAUAUCUGAACAACCCGUUGUCGGUUGUUCCGACAAAUUUUGACACAUCAAGGGUGUAAUUUUUCUACUCCAUGUGGGGACAAGUUCCUGUUUUGUUUUUCAACUGUAAUUUGCACCAUCAGAAAUGAUGUCUCAACCAUCUCCUAUAAUUCAAGUUCAAGAUCUCAGUAACAUGAGAAGGUUGUUACUUA